CAAUGCACUCUGACACAGUUCCUUGAGCUUUUAGGGAAAAAAAUUCCAGCCCCACAGCAUCACACUCUCUCUGCCGUACUAGACACUUUCAACAAUUCGUCCUUUGUGUUACUCCAAACCCACCUGAGAGCUUUGUCACAAAAAAGUCUAAUCAUAGACUCAUCCAACCAGAGCAAACUUGUAAAGUUGAAGUUGCACCAGAGUUUCUAUUUAUCAAAUUAAAGGUUACACUUUGAUAUUUUCUACCUAAAAUAAGCAUUUAUUUUAACACAUUAUUUCCAGGUGGCAGGCAUUGACCAGUGCAUCUUUACAGCAACACCUCAGUGUAUUUCAUUGCAGUUUUUAUAUACUAGGUCAACACAAAGCUGUAGAGGGAUUGGGAUGAAUCGUUUUCAAAAAUGUUCACAAAUAAAGUCCUAAAAUCUGUGCGAUGCAUUUGUAUUCUCCCCCUAGAGGCGGUACUGUAAAUAACUGUCUUCUCCUUCAACCAGAGCUCCAAGUCCUUUUGAAAAUAUCUCCAGCAGCUUCACUGGAAACUGAAAAAUGUUCUUUGCAACAUGAUUCAGACUCAGUCAAACUGAGCACAGGUCAUCUGUGACACGUGAAUCUUGCAAAAGAUUCUCAACUGGACUUAUGUCUGGAUUAAGGUUUUCCUCAGACGUCUUGAUGUUUUGGUAACUUUGCAAUUGUGCCAGUUUCAGAUGCUGAACUGAACAUUAAGAUGUUUAAACUCUGGGGUGAUGUUUUACAGAGUAAACUUGCUUUAGUCUUCCCCAGAACUUCUUCAUCUUCUUGCCUGCUGAUUUUCUUGCUCUUUGUGAUAAAGUUUUCUAACAUGCUGAGUCAUUCACAGAACAGCUGGAGUUACACUGAGAUUAAAUGGACUCUGUAAACUAAGUAAGUGAGUUCUGGAGGAAAGGGGUCAAUUUUAUUUAAAGGAAUUAUAUUAAUAGGUGCUAAAUACAUAAGCAUGCCACACUUUUCAGAUUUGUAUUUCUGAAUAAUUUUUUUUAACUACAUAGAAUUUUAUUUCUUUCUGCUCUUAUUUUAGACAGAUCAGAAAUCUUUAGACAAGAUCUUCUUUCUGGUGAAUACAUUCGCAGCUCUUCCUCACAGGAGACACAGCAUGCUCAUGCAGCUCCGUUAUGACCCCUACUGGCUACUUACUGCAUAUCACCACUGUUAUUAACACUGGGCUGUGAACUUUUCCUUUUAAAUUUUCUGUACUUCCAGUUACAAAUGCUGACACAUGUUUCCACCACCUGAAAAGAACCUCGGGAAUUUUGCUCAGAUACUCCUGCAGUAACAAACGGUGACUCAAUAUUGUUCCAAGAGUGCAGGCAAUUCCUGUUUUCAUCUGACUUCCCUGAAGACAUUUUUUUAAAACUAUGACUGGAUUCUGUUACUGCAAAUAGAUGAGCAGGUUCAGCGACCGUUUCUGAAAAUGAGUUGCCUAACCUGUGUUGAGGUUAAAGACUUGGACCUUGAGGGGCCAAAUAAAAAGGUGCAGACAGACAGAUUAUUGGUGUUCAGCAGCAGAAGGAUUAAUCAAAACUCUCCAAGAAACUAUAAACUGGACGAUUUUGGGUGCAGACACUUAAUUCAUCCUACAACUGAGAAAAAAAACCCCACAGAUAAUCUGGCAGAUUACAAGGCAGAUGUACAAAAGAAAUGAUGACACUCAAAUCUGAUGAAUGACUCAUGAACACAUUCGCAGAAUGUCAGUGAGAGUUAUUUUCUCCACAGUGGCAUGGGGUUUACGUCACAAAGAGGGAGGAAACUCUCAAUUAUGCAUUAUCAUUUUCUUUUACAAUAGCAUGAAUGAGAAGUUCCUUUAAUUGCAUCACUUCCUUGUCCAGUAAACAGAGGUGUGCACGCCAGCAGCCUCCGUUUUGUGGGUCGGAAUAUGAUUUCAAAAACCCCCCUCAGUCUACUAUAAGAGCAGAGAGGAUGGAGACUCAGAGACACACACAUCCUCUCCAGGACCCAUCCUCUCAGGUAACAUACAGCUUCACCUGCAGGUAACCACAGUGAUGAAGAUGCUGCUCAGUUCUUCCGUCUGCGCCAUGCUCCUCCUCCUCCUCGGUUUUCUGAACAGGCCCGCAGAGAGCCGGACGCUGCACAUGGACGGCUGCUCUGCCAACGUUCACCUCCAUGAACUACACCGGUACUUCUCUGAGAUAAAAUCAGAUGCGAUAUCAGCAGACGGAGAGAUUGGAGUAAAACUUCUGGACGCAUCCCUGAUGAAGAACGUUCAGGAGGGCCAGACGUGCUGCUUUGUGCGUCUCCUGCUGCGUUUCUACGUCGAACGAGUCUUCAGCAACUACGAGUCCUCUCAGCCAAGUCAGCAGCGCUGCUCCAGCGCCUUGGCAAACGCUUUUGUCAGCAUCAGAAGGGAAAUGCAUAAAUGUCACUGCCACUGUGGAGAAGAAACCCAGAGAACAAUUGACUCAGUGCUCGCCAGCUUUGACAAGCUGCAGAUCCAGCAGGCGGCGCAGAAGGCUGUAGGGGAACUGGGCACAGUGCUGGACUGGCUGGAGGGACUGGGAUCUAAAUCAUAAACACGAAGCUGACCCGCACAAGACCUACUCGUUCGUUUACCCCUGAGCCAGUUUGCAUUUCUGUGUGUUUGUACUUGAAUUAAUUUAAACCUGUAUAUAUUUGUAUUCUCUCACAUGCUCUUGGUGGAAUGUCUGAAGCUGAAGGAUGUAUAGUUUGAAGAAAUUUUAAUUAGCAAUAGGUUUUUCUGUGAAGUUGUAAAUGAAUUUUUAUCAAAACAUAGCUUUUAUCUCAAUUGUGAAAGUAAAUAAAUAAAAUAUAUGACUACACUUUAAUUUUUCUGCAGUAUUUGUUGUAAUUUACUGCCACCUAGUGGCUUUAAGAAGAAUGCAACAACAGCGCAGAAAAAAGAUUUCCACAUUAGUAUGCAACACCCUCCA